UUCCUCCUGAGACAAGACCAAGAAGGAACAGAGCUUGACUUACUGCAGAGUACUGCUCCAUAGAGUGCAACACAGAAUAAUUCAUUUUUAAUCAGUGGGGCUUCAAAUUUUUUCCUUCUCUCUCUCUAGUCAUAAGAGAAGGUUUUUGCAUAUUUUAUUUUCUUGGCUAAAGUAGCAAUUAAGUGGGGGGAACUUUUCUUUUUACGCAAAGUUUGGCUCAACUGGGCGGAACUCACAUUAGAGUUUAUAGGAGGCUGAGACACGGUCUGCAUUUGUUCGAUUCUUCUGAAGAGGUACGAUGGAUCUCGUGGUGUUGGUGGCAUUCAGCUCCUGGCUGGCUCCUGCACUUGGGUCAGCGUUUGGCAGGGAGGUGUUUGCUUCUGCAGCAGAUGAGGAUAAAGACUACGACAGCGCUUUUCAAUACGAUUACGAAUCUCUGAGAAUCGGCGGCCUGGUUUUCGCCGUGGUACUCUUCCUCCUUGGCAUCGCCCUCAUCGUCAGCCGAAAAUGCACCUGUUCAAAGACUGACAAGUCAAGAUCCAAAGGCCCUGAUGUGGAAUCAGGUGUCCCAAGAGCUUAAUCAACACAGAAGCAGAACUUUUCUCUAGAAGUUGCCAUUAGGUGGCAGCAAAUACUGUGAUCACAACAGAAGACAAUCCUUCCAUGGCCACACAUGGAGCUUUCUUCACUUUCAGAAUCUUACUGUACUCCUUUUUCUCCUUUUUUUUAUGUUUUUAUCACCAGUAACUGUUACUAGAUGAUGUGCCAACUUUAUACGGUAGUAAUAGUUUGAUUAACAUUUGUAUUUUUGUGAUUUUCAGAUUGAUACAAAAUAAUAAAGCCGAUGUCUAAAAAUG